CGCGUCUGGUAAUGGCACGUGGACGCGCCGAGAAGCAGUGUGCAGAUGUGUCGCAGAUUUGUAAAGUCACUGGACGACGUGCGGAGAGAUCCAGGACGAGGAAGUAGAGCGGAAUCCUCGGGCCUUUGAAGUGUCAGGAAAACGGUCAGAGAUCGUUGAGCGAAGCGGGGAGUGAGUGGUCGGCAGAAGGUAGAGGCUAGGAGCCGCGUUGGUAAAGCGUGGUGCGCGGUGGAGUGUACGGUCAUAAACAGUUUGGAUACUUUGUGACGGAAAAAGGCGCCACUUUUUAGCCGCGUGUGCCGCGUCAGGGAGAUGGAGUUGUCAGCGAUUGGAGAGCAAGUGUUCGCUGUGGAGUCGAUCCUCAAGAAAAGAGUAAAGAAGGGCAAUGUGGAGUAUCUUCUGAAAUGGAAAGGAUGGCCUCCAAAGUACUCCACAUGGGAACCAGAACAGCACAUUCUGGACCAACGCCUACUGCAGGCGUUCCAAGAGAAAGAGCAGAGGGAUCGAGUUGUGGGACACAAGAGGAAAGGGUCAAAGGUGAAGAGACUGCUACUCGAGAACACCAUCUACACAAUGGACCUCCGGAGCGCCCACAAGGCCCCAGAGAAGCCUCAGUCUCGCCUGCGUCUCUCCCUGACCGGCUCCCUGGAUCCCGGGGCGGAGGACCAGGAGAACGACCCCUGCAGACGGAUGCUUCGCCCGCGGCUGGCCCAUCAGACGAGUGAUCCGCAGAGGUCACAGAGGUCAAGCUCUCUGACCCCCAGCAGCGAGGUCUGGGGGGAUGGAGAUGAUGAAGAGGAGGAGGAGGAGGAAGAUGAGGUGGAGGAGGAAGAUGAGGAGGAGGAGGAAGAUGAAAGGCAAGUAGAGGAAGACAUUGAGUUAGAGGAGGAGAAAAAUAAGAUCCACAGAAAGACGAUGGCCGAGAAGAACGGAAACCUUUUGAAGGGACAAGACAGAGGUUGGAGCUCAGCCAUCGGCCCAAAAGAGAAGCAGGUCAACAGCGGGUCCAAGAAGUCUUCUGAUUGGACGCCGGGUCAGGUGUCGUGCGGCCCGGGGGAGGUGACCGUCACCGACGUCACCAUCAACUCCCUGACGGUCACGUUCCGAGAGGCCCUGGUGGCCAAGGGCUUCUUCAGGGCCUGGGGCCUGGAGUUCUGAACCCCUCCGCGGAAGGAGUUGCUGGGAUGGGUAGGGGUGGGGGGUGGGGGGGGGGCGUGGGGCUGGCAGAGGCAAACCACUUUUAUCCGUUCAUUCCGGCUCUCCGAUUUCUCUCUCCCUCUUGCUCCUGAUCCCCCUUGUAGGAUUCCUGGGUAGUGGCCCCCUCCUGUCUCUCACCCUCUGGCCGUUCUGUUCACCCGAUACCGUAUUGUAAGUUGUGUAGACGCUAACUAGUAAUCCGGGAGUAGCAUCCGUCCGUGCACUCGCGUGCGUACUCACACACAAGUUACACUAAUAUCUAUGAGUGGUUGACGCGUAUCACCUGUGGUGUUCUCGUAUGAGUUUCAGAUUCCUUUGGAUGAUGGUGCAGCCGUCGCAAUGCAUGCCUGCCCCCUAGUCCGCCGUAUCAAUGUACUGAUAUACGAUAGUCCGUGUUUACCCUGUAUCCCUAGGCCAACUUUGAAAACCCUACGAUGGCGGUGUUUGAUGUCUCGUGUUAUGAAUAUAAUCCAGAACACCGCGAGGAAAGGCAAGCCAAGCUAUACCUUGAGAGGCUUAGGCACUUGCACUGAAUUCAUACACGCACCCCGUGAAGCUCUUUCACACAGAUGGACUUUUUUCUGUUCAGUGUUUUCCAAUACAAUCGUGUGCUUCAAAAGGACUUUGACCAAGUUUCACACAAACAUAGGCCAUCGCACUAAACCUGAGAGCUUCCCUUCUCUUCCCUGUCCAUCUGGCCCAAGAUGGGAUGACUUGCUGUGGUGGUGAUGAUGGGAGCUGAUUCUGUGAUGGGCACCAUGGUGGAAUUUCCCUUGGGGCUCUGCGAUUGGCAUGGUGGCCGGUUGUUUAUAUAUCUGGCUCCAAGGGCGAUGGCUCAGAAGGUGGUGAGCCAAACCCUCGAUGAAUAGGAAACCACAAGAAAUGUCUUCACACCUCUUCAUCAUGGCCUUUGUAUGUCUGUGGAGCAGAUUUAGGGCUACACCCCCGCACAACACACUGAACAUACAGACACACACGCACACACACACAAAGAGAUCUAGAUGCAAACCCCAAAACUGACUGCAGUAGGGGUCAAGGAAGAUCCUCCCAAAAUAAGCUACCUGUUCCUUAAAAGUGUAAUGUUUAAGAAUAACAUUUUAAAACAGUCAACAAUUAAAUACAUGAUCACCAGAAUGUAAAGAAUUUGCAGUUCUGACCUUAUGUCAGAGACAUCUAUUGUGUAAGAGAAAUGUACUUAAGUUGGCAGCUAGUACCGGCCGUAUCCUAUGGUAGUACCAUUUUGUACCUGAUGAAGAAUAACUUAUUUUCAGGACACUAGUUACUGUAGUGUCCAGUCUGCCCUCAGUCCAACAUGAGCGGAUGAAGAAGUAGUGCUACCCAUAGUGCGUAUUCUUACCUUAUCAUAUUAUCAUCGUAUUUAGUUACUUGUUUUUUUUUAGAUAACAGAGCACCAAAAUGCACUAUUGAUUCUGCGCAUUGGUGCAAUUCCUUGUUUCUUCCAAUAGGAGUGGCCACCACAACUUUCUGGCAAUAUGCUGCCCCACAUUGUGUGGAGGACCAGUUUGACUGCUAGCUAAUCUUACACGUUACGCCUUUAAAGGAUAACUUCUCGAUUUUUCUGUAACUAAUGCAAACUAUUUCUGAAACAAGUGGAGAGCUCUUCAGAGACUUCUCCUUGAGCGAGACUUGGCAAGAAAGGUAAGACACAGUAACAAACAGACUGGAUCAGUAGAAAGAUACAUGAAAGGUACAGAAAAUAGUUGGGGAUCCUUUCCAUAUUGCCCCUGCUAUGUUUGGUCCGCAUUAGUAACUUAGACCCUAAACGAUGUGACAAUAGGGUCCAAGUUUAAAAAAAAAAGAUGUUGUCCUUCAAUGACAUCAACAAAUUAACUCGCAAAAACUCACAAAUUAAGUCGCACUAUAAAAGCGUCUGCUGAAUAAUAGCAUGUAUUCAUACUUCACAUGCCAAAAGGUACCCCCAGUAUUGACCACAUGACCCUGUGCCGAUUGUUACAAGAAGGAUGAAAGAGAUUGGAUGAAAGCAAAGUAUUUUUUUGUGAUUAUUUUUCUACAUUGACCUGAAUGUAAUAUGUCCGUCCUGAAGAUAGACACCUGGUCGUCACGUGAACGAGAACUAAGAGAGGAAUAGUUUUUAUAGUUUUAAUAAUCUCCAAGCUACCAUUAGAGUAACAAACGAAAAAACAAAAAGCACCUUGAUUUGAUAUGACCUAAUACCGUUGCUUGUGCUGCUUUCAUCCAAUGCUAGCGAAAGAACCUUGUUGCACUUUAUCUGUGAUGUAGUCAACCUGCACAUGACUGGCUCUGGACUAUGAAGUGAAUAGUGAGUGUGCUAUUCUUAUUGUAAUACUAAAAGAAAAAUAAAUGUCACAUGUUUAAUAA